UUUCAAUUUACCAUGAAGCUAUAUUCUUUGCUGUUUUUGCCAGUUAUUCUGGGUCAUUGUUUGACAACGAACAAUACGAUUUUGACCAAAGGAGUUUCGGAAGAGGACGAGAAACAAAUAGUGGAACUCCACAAUAGUUACAGAUCACUUAUAACGAAUAACGUAGUAGUUGAUCAGCCUUGUGGUAUAAAUUUGAAACAAAUGAAAUGGGAUAAGACUUUGGCAGAAAGCGCUCAAAAAAUAGCCGAUACAACUAUUUAUAAGCAUGUACGAGUAGCUGAUACUCGAUGGGCAGUUGGUCAAAAUCUCUUUCUAAACAUGGCAAGUGGUUACAUUCCGGGUACUCCGUCUUGGGGACAAGCAUUGAAAAGUUGGUGGGAUGAACAUGAGGAAUAUACUUAUGGUAAAUGUUGCAAGAAUACAGCUUCUGGACAUUAUACUCAGAUGGUUUGGUGGAAUUCAGAAUAUGUAGGAUGUGGAUAUACGUAUUUCUGUACAGCUGAUAAAUCUUUUCCCUACAGAAAGUUUUACAUUUGCAAUUAUGGACCAGCAGGAAAUUUGGUUGGUGCUAAACCAUACAAAACAAACGAGACUUCUGGAUGAUUUAAAUUCUGAAAAAUUAUAAUUUUUUUGUACCAAUUCUUGUGCUAAAUAUAUUUGUCAGUCUGUUUAA